CGCCUGCUCCGGGAAGCCCCGUCUGGGGGCCAUGGGGGCACAGGUGAGGCUGCCGCCUGGAGAGCCCUGCCGGGAAGGCUACAUGCUAUCUCUCGUCUGUGCAAACUCCUCCCAGGCCUGGUGUGAGAUCACAAAUGUGUCACGACUGCUGGCUUCUCCUGUCCUCUACAGGGACCUGAAUUCCAGCUACAGGGACCUGAAUUCCAGCAUAAGCAACUUGAUCAUUUCUGCAAAUGUAGAAAACAGAUACAGUCUGUAUGUAGGCCUAAUGCUGGCAGUAAGUUCCAGUAUUUUUAUUGGCUCCAGCUUCAUACUGAAAAAGAAGGGCCUCUUGCAACUGGCAAAGAAGGGCAUUACCAGAGCUGGACAAGGUGGACAUUCUUACCUCAAGGAAUGGCUCUGGUGGGCAGGAUUACUCUCAAUGGGAGCCGGAGAAGCGGCGAAUUUUGCAGCUUAUGCUUUUGCACCGGCCACCUUGGUCACCCCGCUGGGUGCUCUGAGUGUGCUCGUAAGUGCGAUAUUGUCUUCCUAUUUUUUAAAUGAGCAACUGAACAUUCAUGGCAAAAUAGGCUGCAUAUUAAGUAUAUUGGGGUCAACUGUGAUGGUUAUCCAUGCCCCACAAGAAGAGGAAGUCACUUCUUUGCAUGAAAUGGAAAUGAAAUUGAGAGACCCAGGAUUUAUUUCCUUUGCUGUGAUCAUAACUGUGAUCUCGUUGGUGCUGAUUUUGAUCGUGGCUCCCAGGAAGGGACAGACCAAUAUAUUGGUCUACAUUUCAAUCUGUUCAUUGAUUGGAGCAUUUUCAGUUUCUUCUGUCAAGGGCCUGGGAAUUGCCAUUAAGGAACUAUUGGAAUGGAAGCCGGUUUAUAAGCACCCACUGGUCUUUGUUUUGUUAGGUGUACUCGUGCUUUCGGUGACGACACAGAUUAACUAUCUCAACAAGGCACUGGACACCUUUAACACAUCUCUUGUGACUCCCAUUUAUUAUGUGUUCUUCACGUCCAUGGUAGUAACUUGCUCCGCCAUCUUAUUCCAAGAAUGGUAUGGCAUGAAAGCUGGAGAUAUCAUCGGGACCCUGAGUGGGUUCUUCACCAUCAUCAAUGGCAUCUUUCUUCUACAUGCUUUUAAAAACACUGACAUUACCUGGAAUGACCUGACAUCCACCACACAGAAAGAAGUCCUCUCGCUGAAUGGCAGUGAAGACAAAUACGUCUUACUGGAGCACACAGAAUAUUCAACCCCAGGAUACAAUGAUGACAUUACUUUGUUUAGCAGGAUUGACGAUCAAAGUCUCUAGAAACCCCAAACUUUAGCCAAUGUAAGACACUUGGAGAGGACAAGAAAUACCUAAUUCUUAGAAGAACUAUUAGGAAAGCUGACGUUUUUAAAGUUCUAACUAAUAGUUUAGAUGUGAGCCUCCCCCCACCCCCCCAAAAAGCCUCGAUUUUAGCCAUCAAAUUUGAAAACCAAGGUUUGGAUCCUCCUCCAGAGGACUUCCAGUGUUUUUCAUUUCUACAAACUUGAAACAUUCCCUGAGCACAAAAGAAGUUCAAGAGUUACAUGGGUCUCUGAGUUACUCUUCUGGUCGCAAUAUAUUUGGCUGUGCCAGGUGGCUCUUCAUUUCUUUGGCUGCUGUUCGUAGUAAUUCAUAGAUAAACUUAGCUAUGUGCUGAUAAGCAGAACAUCAGCCAUCAUUCUCUGAUGAGUCAUCGUUUCAAAUUAUUAAAACUGAGACGCGAGAUCACUGAUGCUCCCCCCGCCCCUUCCAUACCUUCUUUCUUUCUAAACUAGAUGAAGAGGGGAAUGCGGAAGAAAAAAUAGGCCUGCUUUGGAAAUCCGCUCCUUGGUGGGUUAGAAUGCACAAGACACAGUCCGUGAAGAGCUUAUGAAUUGUAAUUUAUUAGCAGAUCAUAAAAACUUACUACCAAUUCAAAAGGGGAGAAUAGAGGAAGGAGAGAAAUACUUAAGUGAAACAGUGUUUUCUCUUUUCACAAAAACAAAUGCAAACGAUUCGUUUCAAGGGUUCUUUUAACUCAAACCUGAACAACGUGAGACAAAAUUGAGUUUCUGGAGAAGACCAAAUGAUUUAAGCUUUGGAGUUCCUUAUAUUCAUGUUGUCCCUUUCUCUUACUAUUAUCCCAAAGGUCAUUUUCCCUGUUGACAUAGAGACUUUUGUAAAGUCUAUAAAUGUAAAUUGGCACAUUAUUUUAAUAUUAUAUUGUACACUUAGGUUUUUCUCAACUGUCUGAUUCCCAAAGGGUAGGCUUUUGGAAACAACUAGAAAAAUCUUUGUAAAAACCUGAAUGAGUUAUCGUAAUUAUUCCCUUGAAAUUUGGCACUUUCAUCCUUAUCAAGAAAAUUAUAAUUAGUUACUAAUCUUUACAAAAAUAUACAUAUCCUACCACAAUAAGUGGCAGACUGUCUUUUUCUGUUGAAUUUCAUCCUGACCAUGUUUUCCAUACAUUUUGUUGACAAGUGUUUUGGGAGACUAGGAAAGGAAGUUAACUUCCUAGAAAACAAAAUAUUAAGACCUCAGGGACUACUACAGGAAAAUACCUUUUGCUUAUUAAAACUUACACCCAAUUUUCCUGUCUCUAAGCACACAGCAGGAACAACAUUUUUGGUAGCCUUUAAUGUAUAUGGACAGGUAUCUUAUCACUCAUUGAUUUCAUGGGAAAGAAAUUACCUAUUUCUAGACUAAACUUAUUUCCAUCCAAAACAAAACAAAAAUCCUAACUAAAAAGUUACGAUAUUAGAGGGGGGAAAAAAAAGAACAAAAACCCUUCAGGUUGAUUGGAUUUUUCUGUUCCAACAGAAUGUUUCAUUUGUUCGUAAUCUAGGUCAAGUCUACUCUGGGUCAUAAUGAUAAGUUCUAUUAUUUAGAAUUCUAUUAGACGGACUUCAGCAUUUCCCAGUUCUAUUAGCUAUGACUAAUGUUCCCAGGAAUGUCCAGAGAGGACUGCGAAGUUGUAAAGGGCCGUCACCUUCUCUUCAGCACUUUUCAGUGUUGAGUGCAACUCAGUGCGUUCUGAUUUUUGAAAACUGAUAAUCCAUGGAAGACACAUGGGUUGAUACCUCAGAUCAAGUACGUGUUUACUCUGUUGAUUGCUGUUUCACUUUAAAUGUAGAUCAGAUGUAUAAGCUAUGAACAGAAGUUCGCAGGAAAAGUAUUUUCUGAAAAGGUCGUGUUUAAAAAUUGUAAAAAUUCUUUUAAAGUUUUUUCCCCCCUGUUGAAAAACUGUAUUGGUUUCUCUAGGACACUUUCUUAGUGAGGAAAUGAAAGACAUCCACCCCGAGGCUAUGGUGGUUCUCUGCUCUAGUGAAAUUCAGUGUCAGGUAUUUCUUAAUGCCACCUGUUACAAAGCUUUGCCCUUGGUGUAUUGUGCCCAGGCUAAAGAUUUUUGGAACACAAGAACUCACGUGGAUCUUGGAUUGGAAAAUGAACUGGUAUUGCACAUACACCCAGGAGAAAGGCUGAGAAAGAUUUAAUAAGUUGAAGUGUGUUGAGAACCAUUGAAAUAUUUUAAAAACUCUUAAAUAAUCCCUGGUGGGCACUUGCAUCAAAAAACUAAAAUGUUAUUGCCAAUCUAAAACUAAGAAUAAUUUUUCCCAAAUAGGAAGAUAUUGUCUAAGAAGGAAUAAAAUGCUGGAAGCCUAUAUUCAGACUAUGUUA